CGACAUUUCAGGCAUCCGACGGGUGAGCCUGAACGCUCCACGAGAACAUGCUCUGCACCGCGCCCCAACCGCUGCGCCCGCGGCCGCGGGCGCUCUGGCCCGCGCCACGAUGCUCCAGCUCCAACGACGCCCAGCCCUCGCCGCUGCCGUCCUCCACCGCAGCGGCCGGCGGCAUCCGUCGCCUGGUGCUCCCGCCCGAGGGCCGCGCGAAGCUGGACCCGCGCCCCGACCGCGACUUCUACGCGUUCCCGCGGCUCGUAACGCACGUGGACGACGGCUUCAUCGCCGCGCUCACGGGCCUCUACCGGGAGCGCCUCCGCGCCGGGUGGGACGUGCUCGACCUCAUGAGCUCCUGGGUCAGCCACCUGCCGCCGGAGGUGCAGUUCCGCCGCGUCGUCGGCCACGGGCUCAACGCGCAGGAGCUCGCCAGGAACCCGCGCCUGGAGUCCUUCUUCGUCAAGGACCUCAACGAGGAGCAGCAGCUCGCGCUCGAGGGCGGCAGCUUCGACGCCGUGCUCUGCACCGUCAGCGUGCAGUAUCUGCAGUACCCUGAAAAGGUCUUCGCGGAGAUCUUCCGGGUGCUGAAGCCGGGGGGAGUGUGCAUCGUGAGCUUCAGCAACCGGAUGUUCUACGAGAAGGCGAUCGGCGCGUGGCGGGAGGGCACCGCGUACAGCCGCGUCCAGCUCGUGAUGCAGUACUUCCAGUGCGUGGAGGGGUUCACGCAGCCCGAGGUGGUCAGGGAGCUGCCGGCGGCCGGCGGGUCGUCGGCGUCGCCGCUGGACGCCGUGAUGAGGCUGUUCGGCAUGGCCAGCUCCGACCCGUUCUACGCCGUCAUCUCGUACAGGAACUUCAAGCCAAUGUAAAGCCAUAGAACAUAGAAGAUUACUGAAAACAAUUGUCAGAACUGGGAUCUGUACCAUCUAUGGAACCAUCACUAGUGAGAGAUUAUUUGCAUGCGUACA